UCUCUCUCAACCCCUUCACGUUUUUUCGCCUUGUUAGAAUUCACCAUUUCUAAAUUUUUUCUUCUCUUUCUCUCUCUUCCUUCAAUGGAGAAAAUGGAUUCUAUCAUUUUGUGCAAAACAGACGAAGCAGAAGUAGAAGCAGAAGCAGAAGAAGGUAUGAUUUCCGACGAAAACGGGAAUGAAGGAGGAGGAGCGGAAGAUAUUAAUUCAGCUGUUUCUGGAAUUAUCGAUGAUUCAGUUAAGGAAAAUAGCAACUUAUUAGGUGUGAUUAAGCCGCAUAGCUUGUUGCCGCAACCGGAGGUACCUGCCGGAGUAGCAAUUAUUGUAUCUCCAGGUGAAAUGAACCGGUCCCAGUCGAUGCCGGAGAGUUUUGAUAUGCCGGCGAUAGGAAAAUUCUUUCGUGAGAAGAGUAAUAGUUUAUCGUCGGCGAUAACGAAGCGGUUGUCGUCGAUGAGGGAUCAGUUUGAUGAUGAGAAAGUGGUGAUUAAAUCGGAAUCGCAGCAGGUGACGGAGUUUGAUCUCUCUGGAAUGAAAGUGAUUGUGAACUUAAAACCUCCGGUGAAGAAGCUGCCCGGAAGAGUGAGUUUCUUCUCGAGAUCUAAUUGCAGGGAUUGCACCGCUGUGAGGUCGUUUCUGCACAAGGAAAACCUAAACUACGUUGAAAUUAACGUCGAUGUGUAUCCUAAAAGAGAGAAGGAACUAAUUGAGAGGACCGGAAGUGCUAAUGUGCCGCAGAUAUUUCUGAAUGAGAAGUUGUUAGGUGGAUUGGUGGCGUUGAACUCGCUACGGAAUAGCGGGAUGUUGGAGAAGAAAUUUGCAGAAAUGUUGGCCGGAAAAUGCCCGGAGGAUGCACCGGCACCACCGGUUUACGGUUUCGACGACGAUUACGAGGAGCAAAACGACGAAAUGGUAGAUAUUGUAAGAGUAUUGAGGCAAAAGCUUCCGAUACAGGACAGAAUCAUGAGGAUGAAAAUAGUAAAAAAUUGCUUCUCCGGCGGUGAGCUUGUGGAGGUUUUGAUCCACCACUUGGACUGCGGCAGAAAAAAGGCUGUGGAAAUUGGGAAGAACCUGGCGAGAAGGCAUUUUAUUCACCAAGUCUUUGGAGAAAAUGAAUUUGAAGAUGGAAAACACUUUUAUAGAUUCCUUGAACAUGAGCCUUUUGUUCCCAAAUGCUAUAAUUUUCGAGGAUCCACAAAUGACAAUGAACCCAAGGAUGUUGCUGUGUUAGGUCAAAGGCUUGGUAAAAUAAUGUCUGCAUUACUUGAGUCUUACGCCUCUGAUGAUCGGUAUCAUCUUGAUUAUAUAGGCAUCAGCAAUAGCGAAGAAUUUCGGAGAUAUACAAAUCUGAUUCAGGAUCUCCACAGGGUGAACCUCCUAAAUCUUUCAGCAGACGAGAAGCUAGCCUUCUUUCUGAAUUUGUAUAAUGCUAUGGCCAUUCAUGCCGUGAUCAGGAUUGGUCAUCCUGGGGGCAUGAUCGAUAGGAGAGCGUUUUUCUCCGAGUUCCAGUACAUGGUUGGUGGUUAUUCCUAUUCCCUAUCAGGGCUUAAAGAUGGCAUACUUAGAAGCAACCGAAGAGCUCCUUUUACUCUGAUGAGACCCUUUCCUAGUGGAGACAGGCGUCUGGAGAUGGCAUUUCAGAAAGUUAAUCCGUUAAUCCAUUUUGGACUGUGCAAUGCAACAAGAUCAAGUCCAGCAGUAAGAUUUUUCACACCUCAAAAUGUCGAGUCUGAACUAAGAUAUGCUGCAAGAGAGUAUUUCCUGAGGGAUGAUGCAAUGCAAGUUGAUUUGUCCAAGAGAACUGUCUACCUCAAUCGAAUGAUCAAGUGGUAUAAUACUGAUUUUGGACAGGAAAAGGAAAUACUGAAGUGGAUUACAGGUUACUUAGAUGCAACUAAAGCAGGUCUUUUGACACAUCUUAUGGGUGAUUGUGGACCUGUUAAUGUUGUUUAUUCUAGUUUUGAUUGGUCUCCAAAUGCUUGACCAAAAUUGUUUGCAGCUACUAUAUAUAGGGGAGCACUCUUCAUUUUAUUUUUCUUAUACCCCUCUUCAUUGUUUUAGUAUCAAUCGCUCACAAAAAAUAGGGCAUUGUUGAUUGAUUGUCUAAACUGUAGGCUAGUUAAAAAUGUGUAUAGCAAGAGCUUGUUAAUGAAUUGCAGGUUUGGUAUGUGCUCUUUUUUUCUA